AUGUUUGUUUCAUCAACAUCACCGACCUCGAAAAGCAACGUCAGGCAUCGCUUCUGCUCUUUGCUCCUGCUGCUUUCGGCGCAGGGCCUUUGCGCCCUUUGGGCCCUGUCCUCCCUCGACGGGCUCGACGGGCUCGGGCAAGGCAUCUGCGACCUGGAAGUUGUAGCCUCGUUGGUGUCAAGCUGCUGUCGCUUGAAGGCGUUCGCCAAGGCCAAAGCAGCAGCGGCUGCAGAAGAUCGACUGCAGGUGUUUACCCCACUUCCGCCGCGCAACAAAUCCGUCGCCGUGGUCUUCAUUGGACAGUUGCGGGCACUGCAUGCGGACGUGGUCCUGAAGAGGAUCGAGGAAGAACUGCUCAAACCACUGGAUCCUGAUGUCUUUUUGGUCUUCAAUACCAACAAGACCUUCGUUCAGAAGAUGCAGAGUCUGGGUUAUGGAUCUGGACAUCUGGGUGACUUCAAGAUUCUUGGGACGGAAGAGAUUUUGCAGCGACUCAAACCACUAGACUAUCACUUCUACCAGGCCUCCGAGUAUUUGACGGUGCCCCGCAGCAGCAGUUGCGUCUCAGCAAGGAAGAUCUAUGCACAGUUCUGGCCCUUCCCCGCUGCUGCUGCCAUGCUGCUGACAGCGGAGCGACAGCGUUCGCAGCGCUACGACUGGAUCGUUCGCAGUCGGCCGGAUGUCACUUUCUUGGGUCGACCGCUGGUUCUACCUGACUGGUCGGAGGCAGCAACAGUCUAUGGCCAAGCGUAUUACCAUGGCUGUUUGAUGUGCGAUCAAUUCUUUGUGGCAACGCGUUUAGCCUUGGAAGCUGUCUUUACGGUCGAAGACAGCUUCCGUCGCUGUGAAGACGUUCUCCACGGUCCCGCUGAGCCCUGCUGGUGCUGCAAGGACCAGUGCCAUCGUCGCGUGAAGUGCGGUGCUGGUCGACUGAUGGGCGGCUUCGACACGGAGUGCACCAUCCUGCGACACCUGCGGCAGAGAAACGUCGUCAUCAACACUUCCCGCAGCUUCCUGCUACAGACCCAUCGGCUCAACUUGGUCGAAGCGAGACAAUGGAGCCUGGCUUGGCCUGUCCCUGGGAAUGACGCCAUCCACCAUCCGCUGCCGCCGGCAACCGGAAAAACGACGGGUACGCGGAAGGUUGCGAAGCCAGUCAUGGAGCAGAUCAACCUGCAUUUUGGAGUCCUCAACGUGGCAAUCGCGCCUCAGGCAGAUCCGUAUUGGAGUCCCAUAUUUGUUAAGCCAGGCUUAAAGAAAACAACAGUUCAUGCAUGGUUGGUGGUUUGGGAAUAG